CAACGAGUUGGCUUUGGCGCAGUUCUCCGAAUUCCGAGGGCUUUGCUGGUUUGGCCAAAGUUCAAAAUUUAUUCAAAAAAAUUCUCUCAGUUGCACGACAGCAACAGCAAAAAACUUGUCGUCGCUUAUAUUUUUUAGUACGAACAAACGGCAAACAUGUCCGAGGAGAAUCCAGCCCAGUCCGGUGCGAUGCCUGAUGCCAUUGCAGACACCGAAGCCACCGCUAAUGGGGUAAUCCCUCCGAUCGUCAACUUGGAGGAGACUGUGGUCAGCAGGCGCCCUUUGGGAUCUGGAAACAUCACUGCCACCGACACCUCCCUUUGCACCGUGCGUCGCCUCAAGCACGAGCUGGCCGAUAUUAGUGUUAAUCCACCGCCAUAUUGCUGUGUGUCAAUCAAGGCCGAGACUCUGUUCCAAUGGAAUGCCAUUGUGAAUGGUCCCAUUGGCACGGUCUACGAGGGUGGACACUUUUGUCUGGAUCUACGUUUUACGCCCUCGUAUCCCUUCAAGCCGCCACAGGUACGCUUCCUCACGCGUAUCUAUCACUGCAACGUGGACAGAUGCGGUACCAUUUGCCUGGAUGUACUUGGCGAACGCUGGUCACCCAUUAUCACAGUGUCCAAGAUCCUAUUCUCCAUCUAUCUGCUGAUGGCAGAGUGCAAUCCAAAUGAUCCGCUGGACAGUUACAUUGCCGACAUGUACAAGACCAAUCGCAUGGAGCACGAUCGGAUUGCUCGUUACUGGACCAAGCGAUUCGCCAUUCCCGCAGGAGAAUGAUAUAUGGAAAUUUUGCUUGAAUAAUAUACACACUAUCCAAUUAAUACACUAUAAACAUAUAGAUCUUGCUCCCACCCCGGACAGUACAUUCUAGUUUCAAUGGAUUCACUUGAACUGCCCUGCACGGCAAAUUACAAAACGUUUAAAUGAAA